AUGAAGUUCUCCCUAGACCAAACCAACGCGUCUGAUAGUGCUUGGGAUUGGGAGAUCCAAGUGGAUCGAGUGACUGCUCAGGGCCUAACGUGUCUGUUCCUUACAGGUCAACUAGUAGAAACUUCAAUUUCAAGUGGAUAACAAGAUAACUAAACAAGCCCACCUAUUCUGAACUUUUCAACUGAUUUUCAACGCCUUUUAUCCUACUUGUUUAAGUGCUUAUAUAUACAUCAUUCCACUCACCACAAAACACACUUCAAUAUUCACUUCCUAUUAAACUCUUUUAUCAAAAUUAUCAAUUUCAUAAUUUUUCAGCAGCUAUAUGGCACCGGUGCAUCCUCACAACCGUUGUAGAAGAUGCUGUUGCUGCCUCUUCGGCGUAAUUUGGAAGCUUCUCUUGGGAAUAAUCAUCCUCAUUGGUCUGAUAUUCCUCAUUUUCUCCCUCGUCGUCCAACCACGAGCCUUCAGAUUCAGUGUCAAUGAAGCCAAACUCACCCAAUUCAACUACACCACCACCACCAACACCCUCCGUUACAACCUCGUACUCAACUUCACGGCACGUAACCCAAACAAAAAACUCAACUUUUACUAUGACGAAGUUGAGGGACACGUGUCCUACCACGGGAUAAGAUUCGCCUCAACGGACGUUAUAACCUGGUUAAAUUCGUUCCGCCAAUACACGAAAAGCACGAACGUUAUGAGUGGUGUUUUCUCUGGGCAACGUGUUGUGGUUUUUGAUCAUGAUCAAGUUUCUGAUUUUGAACAUGACAAGAAAGAAGGAGUUUUUCAUAUUGAUGUGAAAUUAUACACUAAUAUGAGGUUUAGGCUUGGUGAUUUUAUUUUUGGAGAUAAUAAGAGUAACAUUAAAUGUGGGAUUGAUGUUCCUUUUGGUUCAAAUGGGACUAAGCUCUUGAAUGCAUUUGAACCCACCACAUGUGAUGUUAAUUUUUAAGGGUCAUUGUGUCACGAGCAUUAUUUAUUUCUUGGAUUUGUUAGAUGAACUUUCAUUAUUGUAAGCCAUUUGUUUUUGUAAUAUUUUGGACUUUAUGAAAAAAUGUUGAUGGAUUGUUUCAUUC